AUGUCUGCGCGAUUGAUCCCUCGCCCGCCCUUUUUUCACUCCCUCGUUCACUCCUCCUCGACGGCUGCGGUGCGCCCCGGGUUUCUCACUUCACUCAGUUCAUCCUAUGUCAACCCACGCCAGCACGUAAUAGGCACCGACUGCAUCACUCAAGUCAUUCCUGCCUCCGCUGUAGCUGGCGUCAGUGAUGAGAGAGUGCUCGCACUGUUUACGAGCGGCUUUUUUGGCGGCUUCGUUUUUGCCCCGGAGUGGCUGCUGUUGACAGCUGUUGGGGGAAGAAUUCUACCCGUGGGAUAUACCGGCUUUCUGAGAGAGGGCCACACGGCCCAAACUCUCUGGCGGCGGGCGCAUGUCUCCGACUCACGCCUCCAUCCCGUGGGCACCUGUUUCUUCGGCACAUUCAUGAUUCUAGACAAGCACAUUGCGAUUGAGUCAGAAGUGGCCGAACCCAGUCGGCGAGCUAGUUGGAUUGACUACGGCUUUGGGUCGGAUGAGUCCUCAUUUGCGGGUUGUCACCGAUUCCAGAUCACAAGAAUUGAAGAUACUGGCGGGGAAGGCCCGAGCAAGACAGACUCAACCACCGAAAGCCAGGUGCAGGUUGAGCUCCAAUCAUUCCAGUGUAACCCGCAGAAAAAUGUUCCUUUCGGUUCUGAGAUUUUGAAACAGUUCCAUUCCCAGUAUGCGAGGUUGCUCUUUGCCAAUGGCAUCCAAUCGGUGUUACUACAGGGAACUUGA